AUGAUGCGAAUCUUUCUCUUAUUUAUAUUGAUUGGAUUGGCAUCCACAACUGAACAUUGGUUUAUAUUCGAUCUCUAUCAAUUUCCAGGAUUUUAUACACCACUUUUUACAUUAAUCUCGUCGUCAAAUAAUCAAAGUGUUCAACAAGAACAAACAUAUCUUUCAUUUGCUCUAUCCACUUAUGAUCGUUCUAUUGUUGUUGAUAUAAGUAUGAGACAUCAUAAUGGAACAAUCAAACAAAAAGAAUCGCCGAUUCAGUUAAAGAUUCAACGUGCUGAUUUAGUAUUUAAUACAAUAAAUCAUAUGAUUUUUGUUGUUAUUCGAAAUCAAACGAUACUUGAAACCUAUGUGAAUUGUAAACUGAUUGAUUUAUAUUUACUUUAUUCAUCAGUUCUAAUUAAUGAAUAUGAUCAUGAAACUGUAUUCUAUAAAAUAGAAAAUAUUACUGACAAUAUUGAACAUUAUGAAGUUACAGCAAACAAUGAAACUACUGAAAAAGAAAUAUUUGAGAUAUUUUCUUGUAAAAAAACCAAUACAACCAUGACUUUCGAUGAGAAAACAACAUCCAAAAUCGAACGACCGUUAAUUCGUAAAAUGCAACAUAUAAUUGAAAAAGUUCAACGACGUAAAUUACGGUCAAAACGUCAACAAAAUCAAUCGAAUUCUAUGACAUACUCAGCGGAUUCAUUUACAAUUGUUUAUAAACCUAAUAUUGAUAAAAACAAUAUCGAUGGUAUAAAUUUUCACACAAUUUUCAAUAUAUCAACAUUACAAUUUCAUAUUCAAUACUAUCCAAAUGAACAUCUUUUUAAAAUUCAAUUCAACAGUGACAAUGACACUGAAUUUAUACUAUAUGCUGAGAAAUCAACUGAUCGUAUAGUCUCGUUGAAUAGUAGUCUUGCUAUAUUUUUACAUAUAACAUCAACUAUGAUAACAUGUUAUGUUAAUUGCGAAUUUAUCGAUCAAGAAUUCAUUAUUGAUUCAGUUUACAUAGAAAAUAUAAUGCGACAAAUUAUGAAUAAUAAUCAAUAUGAAUACAAUCGUCAAUCAACGUUAAUUUUAUUUAAUAAAACAAUUGAUGAAAUAGCUGAGAUGUUCUUUUGUGUAAAAUUAGACAAAACGAAUCAAGAUUUAUUACCGGAUAAAUAUGCUAUUAGAAAAUUUGCCAAUGCUCUUGAUGUACUUGUUAAUAAUCUUGAUAAUCCAAUGAACAAUUAUCACAAUGAUAAAAUUAAUUCAAAAACACUUUCAUCAUCACCAACAACACAAAGUAUUUCAGCCAUAAAUAUUCCUUUAAUAAAUGGAUUUGGAAGUCUCCGAGUACUUCCAUCAAAUCCAAAUAUUGAAAAAUCAACAAUAUCACAUGAACUAGUCGAUUAUGAUAAAUCAUGUUCGAUCGAUGAAAAUUGCGAUCGAAAUAAAUCUUCAAUGAUAUGUCAAUCAAACCAUUGUAUCUGUCCGAAACGUUUAUUCUGGUCAGCACAAUUACAUCGUUGUAUUAUAUGUCAUGAUUUAUUAAUUGGUAAUCGUUGUUUUCGUUUAUCAAAUCAUAAAUCAACAUGGUAUGAAGCAAAUGAUUAUUGUCAAAAUGAUAAUAUAAACGAUGAUGAACAAGAAUAUAUCAUGAGAUUAGCAUCAAAUCUUAAUCAUGCCGAUAUUCAAUAUUUGAAACAAAGCUUCUUGCACAAUCAUAAUCAUGAACACAACAAUUAUAUGUAUUGGAUUGGUGCGACAGGUGAUUUUACUCAGAAAACUUCAUACCCAUACAAUUAUCGAACGAAACGACACAUCCCAACAACGAUAUUUCGUUGGUACGAUAAUCAUGAAGUAGCAAAAAUUAAUCUUCACGAUAUUUGGUGUUCACAAACCGAUUAUAUGCAUUUAACAACAAUAAAUAAUAAUGAACUAUGCGUUAGUAUUGCUUCAUGUGGUUUAUAUGCAGAUGAUUGUCACAGAAAUUAUCGAUUUAUAUGUGAAGCUAUUUAA